CGUGUCACCGUUCGUCGUGGACUUUGACCGGAACAACGUGGAACCGUCGUCACCUUAGCCGCGUGGAAGAGGAUCCUGGAGCUGAUGUCACCUUUUGUUGGGGAGUAUACAGUUCAUGCGUGAGUCGUUCCAAUUAGUCGCUUCCCUAUUUGUCUAUUUUUUUUCAACUUUGCCGAAAAUCGUUCCUAUUUGCCAACUUAAUUCAUAUUUUCUCAUUCAUCGUCUUGCUUCUCACUUUAUCAGCCCGCAAACCUACUAUCUGUCUCUUUCUUGGCGUAUUUUUUUGCCAGCUCGUGUUUACGUACACGCGGUCAAUAACCCUAACGGGACCCGCCUUCCUUACGUAAUCGCACUAAACUGCAUUGACUGCAUCAAUCAGCUGUUUGCGCGCUAUUCAUUCAUUUUAUUACGCAUAAUUUCCCUUUCUUUCAUUAAACUUUACACGUGCUUGCUCAAAUCAAAAUGGCUGACAUAAAAUCUUUACUUAAAAAACGAAGCACGUAUAAAUGUAAGCUUACAAUCUUUACCAAUUAUUUAAAUUUAUUAAACACUGGAUCCACAAUUUCAGAAUUGCAACGUUUAGACCUCGAGGAACGCUUUAGUAGAUUCAAUGUUAUGUACACUGAAUUCGAUGCAUUGCAGAGCGAGAUCGAGAUGCUCGAGGAGGACCCCGAGGACCUGCUCGAGGAGCGCGAGGACUUCGAGCGCCAGUACUUCAGCCAGGUGGCCCUCGCACGCUCUCUGCUUGGGGUUUCUUCCAAAGGUUCCGUAUCAGACUCCAAACACGAUAACACUAAUGCACAAUUCAAUAAUAACUUUGUUCGAUUACCUAAAAUCAAUCUACCUAGCUUCGAUGGGAACUAUCAAUACUGGCUCGAGUUUAGAGACACAUUUAUUUCGUUAAUUCAUGAUAAUAAUAGCAUAGACAAUAUUAACAAAUUUCAUUAUUUGCGAGCUUCACUCCAAGGAAAUGCAGCCUUAAUUAUAAAAAAUAUUGAUUUUACCGGCGAUAACUACAAUGUGGCAUGGGACUUAUUAUGCGAACGUUUUAAUAACAAUCGCCUUCUUAUAGACAAUCAUUUGCAGGCAAUAUUUGAUGUUGAGCCCGUAUUGAGGGAGUCCAGUACUUCUCUUAGAAACUUAGUUGAUGUAAUCAAUAAAAACAUUAGAGCUCUUACAACAUUAAAACAACCUACUGAACAUUGGCAUACUCUUCUUAUUUUUAUAUUGGCUAAAAAAUUGGACAUAACAACAAGUCGCCACUGGGAAGAGUAUCGCAAUGAGUUGUCUAUUGAACCCACUUUACAUCAAUUUUGUACUUUUAUAGGAAGGAAAGCGGACUUAUUGGAAUCAAUUGAAACAAAUCAUAACUCGUCUAAUAAUAAUAUAUUGGUUGCCUUAAAUAAUAAUCAUACAAACUUAAAUAAACAAACACAACAAAAUAAAAAAUCAAAUAAUAAUAACAGUUAUAAUAAUAGUAAACAAAACUUUUUAACUUGUCCGCUUUGCUCCCAACGCCAUUUACUAUUUUCGUGUGAAUCUUUUAGAGCUUUGUCUAUUGAGAACCGUAUACAAAAAGCAAAGGAUUUUAAAGUUUGUCUUAACUGCUUACGCCCUGGUCAUUUUGCUAAGCAAUGCAAGCUCACUCAUUGCAAAUAUUGUAAAACUAAACACAACACUCUUUUACAUUUGGAAUCACAAAAUUUAGUACCCUUUAAUAAUCCUUUGCCUUCUGCUAUUGACAAUGUUACCUCCGCAGCUACUUCCUUGCAGAUUGCUACUUCUUCCCAUGUUUUACUGUCCACAGCAUUGGUGAACGUCUUGAACACUUCGGGCGAGAAGUACACUGCCCGGCUACUACUGGACAACGGUAGUACAGCCAACUUCGUAACGCAACGCUUGUGUGACAAGUUGGGUUUGUCACGAUGCGGCACGAGAACAAAGGUCACAGACAUAGAGCUCAAAAUGUACAACCUGUAAUGGGACAGCUACCUCUUAAUAGAACACAAUUAGAUUUUCCAUUUCAAAACUGUAAUGUUGACUAUGCUGGCCCAGUUUUGAUAGCCGAUCGAAAGGGACGUGGUUGUAAGUUGUUGAAAUCUUAUCUGUGCAUUUUUGUUUGUUCUGCAGUGAAGGCUGUACAUUUGGAGCUUGUUACGGACCUCACCACCGAAGCUUACAUGGCUGCUCUGAAUCGGUUCGUGGCGCGGCGAGGCAAGCCUCAAAGCAUCACGUCCGAUAAUGGCACUAACUUUGUCGGUGCAUCGAAUGAUCUUCAAAGGUUCCUUUCGAGUAAUAAUCUUGCAUCUCAUAUAGCCCAGGAAGGCAUUGAAUUUAUUUUUACUCCUCCCUACACACCCCAUUUUAAUUUAUUAGCCGAAGCUGCAGUCAAAUCAUGUAAGCAUCAUUUAAAAAGAUUAUUGCAUCUCACUCAUUUUACAUUCGAGGAAAUGACAACUUGCCUUUGUAAAAUCGAGGCCGUCCUCAAUUCACGACCUCUUACCUCUCUUUCUUCUGACCCUAACGAUUUUUCGGCUCUUACACCUUCCCAUUUCCUAAUUGGGCGACCAUUGCUGACUGUACCUCACCCUCAUGUGGCUGACGUCACUAUCACCCGUCUGGAUCGAUGGAAACGCAUCCAACACGUUCAGCAACACUUCUGGCGACGGUUUCAUAACGAGUAUGUCUCUCUGCUACAGACCAAGACGAAAUGGUUGGCAUCCACAGGCGAGGUCAAGCCUGGACAGCUGGUGCUCAUCAAGGAGAAGACCCCGCCACUGCUCUGGUCACUAGGGCGGGUCGUGAACACCUAUCCAGGCGUGGAUGGCAUCACCAGGGUGGCCGAGUUGAAGACCAAGAGGGGGACCAUACGUCGAGCCUUCAACUGCAUCUGUCCGCUUCCACUUCAUUGAAGAAGAUGACUCUUCAACCCGGGGAGUAUGUUGGCGCUUCUCGAGUCCUCGGGCUUCAUCGAGAUCGAUCGGCCAUCAUCGUCUCCGCGCGAGGCGCCGGCACACUCCGUACGUGCCCGACGCCCACUCAGCCUCACGACCGUCACCGGUGUCAGACGCGGCCCUCCCACGUAGGCGCGAACUAGCGAUAUAUUUAUAAUCAUUACACCUAUGAAAUACA